AUGUUUGCAUUGUUGCGCCCGACUCUAGCCUAUCCAAGCACGUAUUUAGUCGGUACCGUUGCAUAUGGGUGCAAGUACAUAAUAUACAUGAUAGACUCCGACCACUUUGAGCCAUCGAGGCCUUUGCUUGUAUCACCGCGGCGGUGCUGGAUCCAUCAUCCGGGUAUCCGUCUUACACACGAUUUGUCCCCCUCUGCCCGGCGUUUGCUGCUCGCCCGCCACAUCCUCCGACAUCGAGUCCCAAGCAUCUUGCCAACGCCCGAUAAAUUCCAUGGCCUCGUCAAACCUGAGUUGCGGAAUUUCUUCAAUCUCGUCGUUUGUCUGCGGGAACGCCAGCCUCUCGGUCACCGCAGGGGGGCUCUCCGUGUAUCGGUCCAGCGACGCUGUAAGCCGUGGCUCGCCUCCAGCACUAGCGCAUCUCAAGUCAGCGCCUCCCGGCCUCAGCUCGCCAUGGUCCAUCCACUUACCGACUGCCGGCGCUUAGGGUCGCCGACGGGGUAG